GAUGGUUGGGUUUGUCCCUCCUCCUCCCCUCGCCAGCAGCAGCGUUUAGCCCGGGACUGGACCGAGUUAGAGUUGAGGAAGCGUUGGAGGAGCCGCGGAGGUUGCGUGUGACCCCGGGGGGAGCUACUUUCCCGAGACCGGCUCCUCCUCUUUUCCCUAGGCUCCAGGCCAGUUUGGUGCAGCCUUGGCAGAGCCCAGCAAGGAGAAGGAGCUCCAUUGAUAAAUAUUUUCAACCAAAUGUCCCCAGUGUUUCUGGAAAAGUGAGCCAAGCUUCCAGCACAGACAACGCAUUGGAACAGUUUCUUAAAUUUUAAUGCUGCAUAUUUUUGAAUGGUUUUUCUGGAAGGUCCAGAAGUUGCCUGAUAACUGACGCUGUCUGAACACUCAUCUGGGUUAUUGGGGCCUAUCACAAUGGCAGCUGGCCUAGCCAAUGUAGGAAGCUCUUUUGGAGGUCCAUCUAAUUCUCUGGUUUCUAGAUCUAAGUUCCAGAGUGCUUCUGUAGAAGACGACGACGAUGUUGUAUUUGUUGAACCUGUACAGCCUCCACAGAUUUCUACACCGUUGAUAACGGAUCAUAGAAAUGCUGGUUUUAGUUCAUCCAGUAAUGAAGAGCAUCAUGGAAAUGACCCCAAAGCAGUAGCUCCAUCAAAAGACCUGAGCUCUCAAAAGGGAAGUAUAACUGAGACUAUUAUUAUUGAUGAUGAAGAAGAUACUGAAACAAAUCAGGGGCAAGAGAGAAGUGAUUCCAGUUUCAGUGAACGAAGAUUUCCAGAGUGUAAAAACAGACCCAAUGAGAUGGAAUUCUCAACACCCAGUUUUUCAAGAAGUAAGGUAAAUGCAGGAAUAGGUAAUAGUGGUAUAACCACAGAACCAGACUCUGAAAUUCAGAUUGCUAAUGUUACUACAUUAGAAAGAGGUAUGAGCUCAGUGAAUGUUGGCCGUUUAGAAAAUACUGAAGGGCGUGACAUGAACUUAAUGAUUACACAUGUAACAUCACUACAGAAUACCAACUUGGGAGAUGUAUCUAACGGACUGCAGUCAAGUAAUUUUGGUGUUAAUAUACAAACAUACACCCCAUCUUUAACUUCACAGACCAAGACUGGUGUAGGACCUUUCAAUCCUGGUAGAAUGAACGUAGCUGGAGAUGUCUUUCAGAAUGGAGAAUCUGCUACUCAUCAUAAUCCUGAUUCCUGGAUAUCUCAGUCAGCUUCAUUUCCGAGGAAUCAGAAACAGCCAGGUGUGGAUUCUCUGUCACCGGUGGCAUCCCUUCCUAAACAAGUCUUCCAACCUCCUGCACAACAGCAACCUUCAAAGCAGGUUAAAGUCACAUGUGCUAACUGCAAAAAACCUUUGCAGAAGGGCCAGACUGCAUAUCAGCGGAAAGGAUCUGUUCACCUUUUUUGUUCCACUACCUGCCUUUCAUCAUUCUCACAUAAACCAGCUCCAAAGAAACUCUGUGUUAUGUGCAAAAAAGAUAUUACAACAAUGAAAGGUACCAUUGUUGCUCAGGUUGAUUCAAGUGAGUCCUUCCAGGAGUUUUGCAGUACAUCAUGUUUGUCCUUCUAUGAAGACAAACAGAAUCCCUCGAAAGGAAUUUUGAAUAAGUCAAGAUGCACUAUCUGUGGUAAACUAACAGAGAUACGUCAUGAAGUUAGCUUUAAAAAUAUGACUCAUAAGCUGUGUAGUGACCACUGCUUCAAUCGAUAUCGAAUGGCAAAUGGCUUAAUCAUGAAUUGUUGCGAGCAUUGUGGGGAAUACCUGCCUAGUAAAGGUGCAGCGAACAAUAUCCUUAUGGUUGAUGGGGAGCCGAAAAGAUUCUGUUGCCAAAACUGCGUUAGUGAAUAUAAACAGAAAUAUGGCAAAUUAACAGCUUGUACUGGUUGCAGAGCUCAGUGCAGGUUUUUUGACAUGACACAGUGCAUAGGACCUAAUGGAUAUAUGGAGCCAUACUGCUCAACCGCAUGCAUGAACACACAUAAAUCAAAAUAUGCAAAAUCACAAAGUAUGGGAAUUGUUUGCCACUUUUGUAAGCGAAACUCUUUACCUCAGUAUCAAGCCACAAUGCCUGAUGGAAUACUGUACAACUUUUGCAGUUCCAGUUGUGUAGCUAAAUUUCAGACUCUUAGUGUACAGUCUUCAACCAAUGGCCAGUUUGUGGCUCCAAGUGAUAUUCAGCUGAAAUGCAAUUAUUGCAAAAAUACUUUCUGCUCAAAGCCUGAAGUACUGGAAUGGGAAAACAAAGUAUAUCAGUUCUGCAGUAGAAUUUGUUCUGAUGACUAUAAGAAGCUACAUUGUAUAGUAACAUACUGUGAAUACUGUCAAGAGGAGAAGACUCUGCACGAAACAGUGAAAUUUUCUGGUAUCAAGAGACCAUUCUGUAGUGAAGGUUGUAAGCUGCUUUAUAAACAAGACUUUGCAAGACGGUUAGGAUUACGAUGUGUUACUUGCAAUUAUUGCUCUCAGCUGUGUAAAAAGGGAGCAACGAAAGAACUUGAUGGAGUAAUAAGAGAUUUCUGCAGUGAAGAGUGUUGUAGAAAAUUUCAAGACUGGUACUAUAAGGCUGCAAGAUGUGACUGUUGCAAAACUCAAGGAACUCUUAAAGAGAAAGUACAGUGGAGAGGAGAGAUGAAACAUUUCUGUGAUGAGCACUGUCUUCUGCGUUUCUACUGUCAACAAAACGAACCCAAUAUGGCAACACAGAAAGGACCAGAAAACUUAAAUUAUGAUCAGGGUUGUCAAACUCCCCGAACAAAAGUCACAGGAUCGGCACCACCUCCUUCCCCAACACCAAAUAAAGAAAUGAAGAACAAAGCAGUUCUUUGCAAACCUCUGACAAUGACAAAAGCUACAUACUGUAAACCCCACAUGCAAACGAAAUCUUGUCAGACAGAUGAUGACUGGCAAAAAGAAUAUGUCCCUGUGCCUGUUCCAGUACCCGUGUAUGUACCCAUUCCUAUGCACAUGUAUAGUCAAAAUGUUCCAGUUCCUACAACGGUUCCUGUUCCAGUACCAGUUCCAGUUUUUCUGCCUACUACACUAGAUAGCAGUGAGAAGAUACUUGAAGCAAUAGAAAAACUAAAGAAUAAAACCCCUUCUAGUCCUGAAGUGGCUGGAGAUUUAUUGGCUGUAGUAAAAGAGGAGAUGCCUGAAAAAGAUGAAAAAGUUGAACCUGCAGAGCUCAAAAGUGUAAUAACUGAGACAGAAUUGCCUAACUCUGAAACUGAAACGCAGACAAGCUUGCCCGAUAUUCCAUAUGAGCCAGACCUUGAUAUUGAGGUUGAUUUUCCUAGAGCAACAGAGGAACUUGACAUGGAAAAUGAAUUUUUGCUGCCGCCAGUCUUUGGAGAGGAAUACGAGGAACAGCCAAGACCUCGAACUAAAAAGAAGGGAGCGAAGAGAAAAGCAGUGUCAGAAUACCACUCUCAGGAUGAUAGCUCUGAGAAUUCAGAGUGCAGUUUUCCCUUCAAGUAUGCAUAUGGUGUAAAUGCAUGGAAACACUGGGUAAAAACUAGGAAUCUAGAUGAAGAUCUGCCAGUAUUAGAUGAGCUGAAAUCAACAAAGACAGUGAAAUUAAAAGAAGACAUUGUAUCUCAUACUUCAAAUGAGCUAAACUUUGGGUUGGCACACUUUGUAAAUGAAAUCCGAAGACCAAAUGGAGAAAGCUAUGCACCAGACAGUAUCUAUUAUCUGUGUCUUGGGAUUCAGGAGUAUCUGAAUGGAAGCAAUAGAAAAGUUAAUAUCUUUUUGGAUCCUAAUUACCAUACCUUUGAGCAGGAAAUAAAUAAAAUACUGAGAAGCUGGCAACCAAGCAUACUUCCAGAUGGUUCAAUAUUUUCUCGCGUUGAAGAAGAUUAUCUCUGGAGGAUAAAGCAGCUAGGAUCUCACUCUCCAGUCGCCCUUCUAAAUACACUGUUCUACUUCAACACCAAGUAUUUUGGCCUGAAAACAGUGGAGCAGCACUUAAGACUUUCUUUUGGUACUGUUUAUAGACAUUGGAAGAAAAAUCCUAUAACAAUGGAAAGCAAAGCUUGUCUUCGAUAUCAGGUUUCCUCCCUGUGUGGAACGGAUAAUGAAGAAGAUAAAAUUACUACUGGAAAGAGGAAGCAUGAAGAUGAUGAGCCAGUAUUUGAACAAAUUGAAAACACAGCAGAUCCCUCUAGGUGUCCUGUAAAAAUGUUUGAAUGCUACUUAUCUAAGAGCCUGCCAAAUCUCAAUCAAAGGAUGGAUGUGUUCUAUUUGCAGCCAGUCUGCCCAGUUUCCUCUGACAGCCCAGUCUGGUACACCUCCACCUCAGUGGAUCGCAAUACUUUGGAAAACAUGCUUGUACGGGUUCUUUUAGUAAAAGAUAUUUAUGAAAAAGACAAUUGCGAACUGGAUGAAGACAUAGAUUAAACACUUCCCAAACUCUUCAUGGAAAAACACACACAACAGCAUUAGCUAGUCAAGCUGCUAGAUUUUUAUUAUGGAAAAAGGAAAACAUUUCAAGUUUACUCUUUGUUUAACACGUUUUGUAGCAGUGUGCCCUCAGCUGGGUAUUACCAUGUAAAUAAUCUGUGAGAGAAAGUGGCCAUUAUUCUACAUAGUGGUUUUAGGAUACUUAACAAAUACAUUCAUUUUUAAUUAUUAUUUAUUUGGUUAGGUAUGUUUGUAACUUUUUACAUUGCAAAAUUUUAAUAAGAAUGUGCCAUGGUUUUUUUGUUUUUAUUUUUUGUUUUGGUUUUUUGGGGUGGUGGUGGGGUCAUGGUAAGCCACAUCCAUAUUGCACAACUUCACUGUUGCAGAGCUUCCUUGAAAGAGAGUCGGGGCUUUUACUGGGUUCUGAAACCAGGUAGUUGUGUAUGGGUAGCACUACUAAAGUUUAGAACUUGCUGUGUCUUUCAGAAUUUUUUAAAGAAAUUGUAAACUAAUAGGUUUUUUACUCUUAGUUACUGAAGCCUUACGAAGGUUAUGUAGAAAGGUUCCAUCUUAUGUACCAAAAAUAGAUGAAAGAGAAUGCUGUCAAUAUUGAUGUACUGUAAUGUGAAUCUAUACUGGUGAAAAUGACUUUUCUUUUGUUGCCCUUAUUAAAAAAAACUUAGUAUCCUUUCCUUA